UUAGACAUAGGCGCAUAUCGAUAAAUGAAAUAAUUACUGAAAAACUAAUUAAAUAAGGUGAAUAAAUAGAUUUUUGGUUGUAUAUAUGUGUAAUUCACGGUCUCUGCAUCGAUGUUCAUCGUAUGGUAGUAUCCAUAAUGCAUCCUCCCUUAUGGAGUUGUCAAAUAUCGCCACAAAGGUUUUGAGGGUGGUUAUCGCUUACGAUACCUUAUCGCAUUUGCUGUUUAUCCCUCGGAGCAUUUUAAGUUGUCAUAAACUGGAACAUAUUAUUUAUUCCGAAAAAUCUAGGAUAUAUAAAAAACAGCAAGAUGCCAGAAACUGAACACUUGCCCGAAGGAUGGGAAAAACGAACCAGCCGCUCAACUGGUAUGAGCUACUAUCUCAACGUGCACACAAAAGAGUCCCAAUGGGACCAGCCAACUGAACCGGCGAAAAAGGGGGGCAAUGGCGCCUCAGGUGAUGCCCCCAACGAGGUGCAGUGCCUCCAUUUGCUGGUCAAACACAAGGGCAGCCGACGGCCUAGCUCCUGGCGCGAAGAGAACAUCACACGCACCAAAGAAGAGGCCCAAAUGCUGCUCGAAAUCUAUCGCAAUAAAAUUGUCAACAAUGAGGCGACAUUUGAGGAACUAGCGCGUUCCUAUUCCGAUUGCAGCUCUGCCAAGCGAGGCGGUGACCUGGGCAAAUUCGGACGGGGUCAAAUGCAGGCGCCGUUCGAGAAAGCCGCCUUCGCCUUGAAGGUGGGACAAUUAUCGGACAUUGUUGACACCGACUCCGGCCUGCACAUCAUUCUACGGAAAUCAUAGAGCAAAUCAACGGAUAACAUGUAGAGGACACGGAAUUAACUUAUUACAAAUCAAACGAAAUUAAAGCGCUUGAAUGAAAAUCCACUCUUAUAGAGUAUUUUCAUUCGCAUUGCCCUAAAAAUCUCUUAAAUUCCCAUUCAAAUUGUUAGAUCUUUCCUCUGCUUUGUUAAUAAAUAAGACAAUAUAUAAAUAUCGUUCAUCUCUGCCAAGUACGAAACACUCUAAGCAUUAAGUUUUAUUAACCGAAUUUAUAAUGGAUCUAUAAGAGACCCAACCACAAAAAGAAAUUUAAAUUGUUUCUUAAAGACGCCAUUUUUUUUUUUCCUUUUUUUAUAUGAAAAUCUCACCUUUGCGAUUUUCACCACACAAAAUGUAUUUCUUAUAACCUUAAAUAUAAACAUAUGCGAUUUUUCUAACAAGA